AGGAUCUGCUCCGGGUCCAAGGUGGGGCAGUGUCUCCCGGUCAAACUUCUAAAAGAGGAGUUUGUGUGGCUGAAUGGCGGCUUUCUCCGUGGACCGCUGACCGACACGCGCCAGAUCUAUUGGACGGAUUUCUACAACACUGACAGUUCAUCGGUUGGAGGUUGCGUGCUGGUCUCGGUUCAUGUUCUAAAACCGGACCAUGGCCUCCGGUAAAAACAAGAACCAGACGUCGCUGGUGUUACACAAAGUGAUCAUGGUGGGAAGCGGCGGCGUGGGGAAGUCCGCGCUCACGCUGCAGUUCAUGUACGAUGAGUUUGUGGAGGACUACGAGCCCACCAAGGCCGACAGCUACAGGAAGAAGGUGGUCCUGGAUGGCGAGGACGUCCAGAUCGACAUCCUGGACACGGCGGGUCAGGAGGACUACGCCGCCAUCCGAGACAACUACUUCAGGAGCGGCGAAGGCUUCCUGUUGGUCUUCUCCAUCACUGAGCAUGAGGCGUUCACGGCCACGUCCGAGUUCAGGGAGCAGAUCCUGCGGGUGAAGGAGGAGGAGGCCAUCCCUCUGCUGCUGGUGGGAAAUAAGUCGGACCUGGAGGAACGGCGGCAGGUUUCGGGCGAUGAAGCCGCGGCAAAGGCCAGCGAAUGGGGCGUCCAGUACGUGGAGACGUCGGCCAAGACCAGAGCCAAUGUCGACAAGGUUUUCUUUGACCUCAUGAGAGAAGUUCGGAAGAAGAAAAUGUCAGAAAGCAAAGACAAAAACGGACCGAGCGGCAAAAACAAGAAGAAACGCUGCUGCAUCCUUUAAAGCGAAACAGUCUGACGGCGACGACACAAAGUGUACUUUACACAUUAAAAAAAGGCCAAAUAUCAACACAUGCCACCUUCUGUUGUGUCUCCUCGUCUUCGUUAGCGUCUGUUUUCACUUUAUUUCCCAUUAAAACAGAGAUUUAUCCAGUAAAGAGUAAAAGCAGAAUGGAAAUAAAAGCAGCAACGCUGGUGUGAAUGCGUCAAAAAAGAACUGAAACGAGCAGGAACAUAAAGACGCUAGAGUUGAAGCGAAUUUUCAACAAAGAAAAUGAAAAAAAAUUGAUUCUUUUUUUUUCUUGUUUAUUCACAUUAUUUGCAGUUUAUUGGGUUCAUUUGGUGGGGGAAAAAAUCUAAUUAAAAAUGCUUGUGUUUUUGUUUCUUGAUGGGAAACGUCAUUAAGUUCCUCUUACUUUUUGAUAAAACUUUUUUAUAAUCUUUUAAAUAAAAAAAACAGUAGAUAUUUUACGGUGAUGGUGGCUUUAAUCAGUUAAACAUGAAAAUGGACAAACUAUAUGAUGGGUUUUAAAGGGAAGUGAACCAUUUUUUCAUCAUGUUUUUGUGUGUGAUUUUGUUCAUGAUUAUUUUGAUCUUUUUUAUUAUUAUUAUUAUUAUUAUUAUUACGUUUGGAUACAGUCGUGCACAGUAACACUCCUCAAUAAACCACCAAAACACA